ACUGUGCUGGUCGCGGAUAUCAUCAUCUUCCUCUUUCUCCUCCACCUCCUCCUCCUCUUCCCUCGGUUUCUGCGGCGCACAGGGAAAUAAACGCCAAGGUCCAGUGAGAGUCGAGACUGACUGCAGAAGACGCGCCCACUCCUGGCUACGUUGCGCACUUUCUUGGAAAAGAAAGUGUACCUGCUCGGAUCCAGCCGCGGUGGUGCAUCCAGAGAGGGCUUUCAUGGGAAGUACACGGCCACGGUGUUCGUAAGAAAUUAAUAUCCAGAGAUGGCACUUAAUAAGAUUUUUCGUGCAGUCAUUAUGGGACCUCCGGGGUCGGGGAAAGGAACGGUGUCUGCGCGCAUAACCAAAACUUUCGGACUGAAGCACAUUUCUAGUGGGGACAUUUUGAGGGCGAACAUCAACGCCAAAACCGAACUGGGUCUGUUGACGAAGUCCUGUAUCGAUCAGGGUCAGCUGGUACCCGAUGACGUCAUGUCUCGUCUCAUCCUGAGUGACCUGAGAGGACUGGACAGCUGGCUGCUGGAUGGUUUCCCUCGAACAGUAUCCCAAGCUGACGCUCUGGAUGAAGCCUGCAGUGUGGACACAGUCAUCAACCUCAAUGUACCUUUCCAGACCAUAAAACAGAGGCUGACGUCUCGCUGGACUCACCUUCCCAGUGGCAGAGUUUACAACACAGAUUUCAACCCGCCUAAAGUCCCUGGUUUCGAUGAUGUGACAGGCGAGCCUCUGGUCCAGAGGGACGAUGACACACCGGAGACGGUCACACGUAGACUGAAGGCCUAUGAAACCCAAACAGAGCCUGUCUUAGAGUACUACAGGAGUAAAGGUGUCCUGCAGACCUUUUCUGGGACAGAAACCAACAAGAUCUGGCCGCACGUCGAGGUGUUCCUCCACAGAAAACUCUCCUUUGUCAAAGAGCAAGUCGCAUAGAAAGCCAGUACAGAAAGGCACAAGAAGGGUCCAAGUCCAAAAUGAGGAGCAAGCUCAAACACUUUAUAUCAGGAAGCUUUAGUAAGACUAUAGAUGUUUUUUUGGGGGAAAAAAAAAAUCCACUUCUCAAGUACUUCUUGCACUACUGUUGCACUGUUUUCACAACGUCGCUGAAAUUAGUUUGGGAAACUGUCAGGACGUGUGCAUAAAAUCAUUCACAUAUUAGUGGUUAUAAUUUAGAAAGAUUGUCUCUUUAUUCCAUAAUGUGCCUUUUUAAAGCCAGGAGACAUCUCUGAAUUGAAAAUCAUGAUCUUUUACAGUACAAUAUCAACUUUAAUAAGUGGAGUUAUGUAUACAUUUUUAACUUUUAGGGUUUUUAAACGCAAUCAUGACUUCUUGUUAGUUGAUGGCAGCGACACAAUAACACACAGACAAUAAGAUAUCUUUAGCUAAAUAAGAGACUUUCCAGCUUUUUUAGUAAGGCAGCCUUUGAAAGCAAUAUUGCAGAGGGUUUAAGCCCCAGCAUAACAAUCCCCCUGUGGCCUUGGGACUGUUUCUUAUGCGGUGGGAAAUUGCCCUAAAGGGAAUUGUGCCAUGUUAAUUCACUUCUACAUACAAGUGCCUCUUGCUGCUUUUGAAAAUGUAACAGGUAGCUAUGUGAAUGUAGUUUGAUUCCUUUUAAUGAUUAUGGAACACAGAGUGAAUAAUGUAUAAAUUCACAACACUAAGUACAUUGAAUAUUUUUAUUCUUUAAUCAAGCCAUCAGUGUGUAACAGCGUCUUUCAACCACCUCAAGUCUUAAUCGUGUUGCCUUUUGAAAUACACAUUUUCCAUUUUAACCAGGUAUUCCCUGUUGUGACCAAUCAACAAAUGUAUAUUUGCAUUUUAAUGUGACUUGACAACUGAAACCCUCACUGAAAAAAGUAUCAACUUAAAACAUUUAAAGCAGUUUAUCAUGUUCAAAGACACCACAGCAUUCGAAGCUGAUCUACAGUUCUGUGUCUUUGCACUUUAUCUUAAGGAUGUUUCACCAUGUCAGAAGCCACAGAAAUGCUAACCUGCCUCUCAGUAUACUGUAGAUUUAUGCAGUGAAUGUUACCUGAACUGUGCUGUGCGUCAACACUUGAAUAUUUAAAAAGCUCUUCAUAGACAACUUACAACUGUGUCAUUAUAAGAGUAUUUAUUGUGAACCACAAUAAACUUCUAAUAUUAGUUAA